UAUAGGAGAGUACCGGAACCUUUAUUCCCCCAGUAUAGGCGAGUAUGGGAACCUUUAUUCCCCCAGUAUAGGAGAGUACCGGAACCUUUAUUCCCCCAGUAUAGGAGAGUACCGGAACCUUUAUUCCCCCAGUAUAGGAGAGAAUCUAAACCUUUAUUCCCCCAGUAUAGGAGAGUACCGGAACCUUUAUUCUCCCAGUAUAGGAGAGAACCAGAAACUUUAUUCCCCCAGUAUAGGAGAGUACCGGAACCUUUAUUCCCCCAGUAUAGGAGAGUACCAGAACCUUUAUUCCCCCAGUAUAGGAGAGUACCGGAACCUUUAUUCCCCCAGUAUAGGAGAGUACCGGAACCUUUAUUCCCCCAGUAUAGGAGAGUACCGGAACCUUUAUUCCUUCAGUAUAGGAGAGUACCGGAACCUUUAUUCCCCAGUAUAGGAGAGUACCGGAACCUUUAUUCCCCUGUAUAGGAGAGUACCGGAACCUUUAUUCCCCCAGUAUAGGAGAGAACCAGAACCUUUAUUCCCCCAGUAUAGGAGAGUACCGGAACCUUUAUUCCCCCAGUAUAGGAGAGUACUGGAACCUUUAUUCCCCCAGUAUAGGAGAGUACCGGAACCUUUAUUCCCCCAGUAUAGGAGAGUACCGGAACCUUUAUUCCCCCAGUAUAGGAGAGAACCUAAACCUUUAUUCCCCCAGUAUAGGAGAGUACCGGAACCUUUAUUCUCCCAGUAUAGGAGAGAACCAGAAACUUUAUUCCCCCAGUAUAGGAGAGUACCGGAACCUUUAUUCCCCCAGUAUAGGAGAGUACCAGAACCUUUAUUCCCCCAGUAUAGGAGAGUACCGGAACCUUUAUUCCCCCAGUAUAGGAGAGUACCGGAACCUUUAUUCCCCCAGUAUAGGAGAGUACCGGAACCUUUAUUCCUCCAGUAUAGGAGGGUACCGGAACCUUUAUUCCUUCAGUAUAGGAGAGUACCGGAACCUUUAUUCCCCCAGUAUAGGAGAGUACCGGAACCUUUAUUCCCCCAGUAUAGGAGAGUACCGGAACCUUUAUUCCCCCAGUAUAGGAGAGAACCUAAACCUUUAUUCCCCCAGUAUAGGAGAGUACCGGAACCUUUAUUCUCCCAGUAUAGGAGAGAACCAGAAACUUUAUUCCCCCAGUAUAGGAGAGUACCGGAACCUUUAUUCCCCCAGUAUAGGAGAGUACCAGAACCUUUAUUCCCCCAGUAUAGGAGAGUACCGGAACCUUUAUUCCCCCAGUAUAGGAGAGUACCGGAACCUUUAUUCCCCCAGUAUAGGAGAGUACCGGAACCUUUAUUCCUUCAGUAUAGGAGAGUACCGGAACCUUUAUUCCCCAGUAUAG